CAACCUCAUCUCAUCCUCGAGGGAAAAGGAGUAGAAGAAGCAGAUAAGAGAAGCCGCGUCUCAUCCUCCUCUUCUUCGUCUAGAAGCUUCUGCGCCUCCGGCUCGCUGUCGCGAAAUGGCCCCAGCCCUCCUCGCCGCUGCAUCGCCCUUCCUCCUCCACGGCGCCGCCGGGGGUGGCAGCCGCAGGCCGCUCGUCGCCGGCGGCGGGCGCCGCGCCGCCUCUGCUCUCCGCGUUGCCGCCCUCAAGUACGACCCUUCCAAGGUGGCGCCGCAAUCCGACCGGGUGCUCGUCCGUCUCGAGCAGAUUCCUGAGAAAUCUGCUGGAGGGGUCCUGCUACCGAAAUCUGCUGUUAAGUUUGAGAGGUAUUUGAUGGGUGAGAUUUUGUCGGUUGGUGCUGAUGUUAGUGAAGUUGAAGCUGGAAAGAAGGUUCUCUUCUCUGACAUAAAUGCUUAUGAGGUAGACCUGGGUACCGAUGAGAAGCACUGCUUUUGCCGGGAGUCUGAUCUCUUAGCCGUUGUUGAAUGAGCUUUACUCCGAAAUCUUAGUGUCCAAUUCCACAGGCUAGAGAUAAUCCCAAAUUUAUUUUCUUCUAUUUAGUGGUGAUGAGUUGAACAAUUUGAUAUGUCAUUCUCUACAAAUAAAUUUUGGCUUCUAAGAGUAUAAAUUGGGACAACGAAUAUCCUAUCAAUCAAUCUUAUUUACAGUUAAACUAA